AUCUCCACGCCGUUCAACGCGAAACACGUCGCGCACGUCGGCUUCGACAGCCAAACCGGCGAGUUUACCGGGCUCCCAGCCGAAUGGAACCGGCUCUUGAGCGCGUCCGGGAUUUCGCGCCAGGAGCAGGAGCAGAACCCACAGGCCGUCAUGGACGUGGUCGCCUUCUACCAGGACAGCACCACGGGCGAGGAUGCGGCGUUCCGCAAGUUCGCGCACGGUGGCAAGCUCAAUCUGAGCUACUCGCUCAGCCUGCAGAUCCUGUCGCCCGUAGCCGCGACGCCGCCACUCCCGCCGUCGCCAGUGGCGCACUCACACCAGACGGAUGGCGCGUUUAUCCCGACACGUCGUGCGCCCAAGCCGCCGUCGGCGCCGAGUACGCCCGUCGCAGGCACGUUCCGGUCGAACUCGGUGCGUGCGCCCGUGCGGGUGCCAGCGCCGUUGCCGCGGUCGCAGUCGCAGGGCCAGCUUCCAAAGUCUACACGGGCGCCGCCCGUACCGCCGGCAAGAAAACCGCAGGUGGAGCAAAUCCCAGAGGCCGCGCCGGAACCAAGAACGUCGGACGCACUGGCCGCGCUGGACGCGCCGGAGCCAAAGCCGAUGCGCGACCCGCGUGCAGUCGCACUCGCGAGCGCGAAGAAGCGUGAGGAGAAGCGCGCGCGCGCGCAGCAGGUGUAUGCAAAGCUUGCGCAGAUCUGCACGCCUGGAGAUCCCCGGAAAGUCUACCACGGCCUCGUGAAAAUCGGCCAGGGCGCCUCCGGCGGGGUCUACACGGCCUACGAACGCGGCACCAACAACUGUGUCGCGAUCAAACAAAUGAACCUCGAAGAACAGCCAAAAAAAGAGCUCAUUAUCAACGAAAUCUUGGUUAUGAAGGCGUCGCACCAGGAGAACAUUGUCAACUUUAUCGACUCCUACCUUAUCCGCGACGAGCUCUGGGUUGUCAUGGAAUACAUGGAGGGUGGGUCGCUCACCGACGUUUUGGUGCACUCCGCGAUGACUGAGGGGCAGAUUGGGGCUGUAUGCCGCGAAACGCUUAGGGGCUUGAAGUUUUUGCACUCUCAGGGGGUGAUUCAUCGUGAUAUCAAGUCUGACAACGUGUUGCUCGCGAUGGACGGGAACAUUAAACUCACGGAUUUCGGAUUUUGCGCGCAGAUUAAUGAGGUGAAUUUGAGGCGGAACACCAUGGUCGGGACGCCGUACUGGAUGGCGCCGGAGAUUGUCACGCGGAAGAGUUAUGGGCCGAAGGUGGACAUCUGGUCGCUUGGGAUCAUGGCGAUUGAGAUGAUUGAAUGCGAGCCGCCAUAUAUGAACGAAACGCCGUUGCGGGCGCUCUACUUGAUCGCGACGAACGGGACGCCAGAGCUCAAGGAGCCGGAGUUGUUGUCGAUGGACUUGAAGCGGUUUUUGAGCCGGUGUUUGCAGGUGAACACGGAGAAUAGGGGCGAUGCCGAGGAGUUGCUUGGGAAUUACUUUAUCCAGGAGGCAGACGAGGUGGCAUCGUUGGCGCCGUUGGUGGCGAUUGCCCGGAUGAAGAAGGAGAGGGAGAGGGAGGAGGAG